AUGCAGUCGACAUUCCAACCUCGCACCUUACUACGGACUCGGAUUUUUGGCACUUGUUCCCGGUCUCGUUUCCCGGCAUGUGGUGCGCCACACAUACGGUUCAUCUCAACAUGGAAGGAAGAGUUGGGUGAGGCCAACCCAAACCCAAAAACACCUCUUUCAGGACGAGUGCAUAUCCUCGGCAUGGGAAAUUUAGGUUGCUUCUUUGCUCAUUCUCUGGCCACGAGACGUUCACCGCCACCAAUCACAAUAUGCUUGCACAAUGAGUAUCUCUACCAGGCCUUUGCUCGGAAAAGAGGACAAAUUUCUGUCAGCACACAUGGCCUCGACGAUGUCAGAACAGGAUUUGAUGUCGAAACCGUGGACGAACAAGGCAGAUGGUAUGCAAUGCCUCCUGUGGACAAACGGCCCUCACCGUUCGAUUCCGAGUCUGAGUCCCAACACUUGGUGGAUGAUGGACCUAUCGAGUGCCUAAUUAUUUGCACCAAGGCGCAUCACACAGAGCUUGCUGUCAAAGAUAUCAGACACCGCUUGACAAAAGACUCGACUAUUUGUUUCGUUCACAACGGCAUGGGCGUACUCGAGUCUAUCAAUCAAAAUGUUUUCCCGGAUCCCAACAACCGACCACAUUAUAUCCAGUCAGUCUUCAGUCAUGGCUUAGGCAGAAAUGAUCCAUUCAAAAUUUCGCAUUUGGGAGUUGGGACCACAAUUCUUAGCCCAGUACCGAAUUCCACUCUUUCUCCGACGGUGCCUGAAUCGGACUAUACGUGGGCGCCGUCAACAAAAUACCUAUUGCGCCUCUUAACUCUCACUCCGCCCUUGGUUGCCGUGGCCGAUACACCAGCGGGUCUUUUACAAUAUCAACUUGAGAAGUUGGCCGUGAAUUGCGUCAUCAAUCCCCUGACUGCAUUGGGCGACUGCACCAAUGGCGAGCUCCUCUACUCCUUCAGCUUUACCCGUGUCAUGCGACUGCUACUUUUCGAGAUCUCUGCUGUCAUCUGUGCUCUCCCUGAAUUGCAAGGUAUUCCUGGUAUCGAAGAUCGGUUUUCGCCAGAACGCCUGCGUCGUUUGGUUGUUAAUAUCGCAAAUAACACAUCCAAGAACAGUAGUUCUAUGCGCCAAGAUAUCGAUGCGAGAAGAUUGACAGAGAUCGAAUACUUCAAUGGAUGGAUUGUGCGUCGUGGCGAGGAACUGGGCAUCAAAUGCGCCCUCAACUACAUGAUCAAGCACCUGAUUGCUGCCAAAGCGGCUACCAUCCGGGAUAGAGAAGCUGGCGCGAUUCCCCUUGACUUUGAAAACGUCAUCUCUACCAACGAGCCUCCCAUAUAA